AUGGCCCAAUCAGAUGAUCAAUCGUUUCCCCGAGCGGGAGCAUGGUUGAGAAAGAUCAUGGAAAAUUUUCGAGCUGGUCAAGAUAUGUUUUCUGGACGAGAGAUCUUCCAAAUUGAUGAGUAUUGUGACCAGCUUUCUGGAAAUUUUCAGGAGCCCGAGCUUUCGUACCUGGUAUUUGUUAGGGAUAUGGCAUACCAUUAUGCUGGUGAUGCCACCAAGCAAUCCCUUUUAGAAGGACUUCUCAAGAAAAGAUCAAAUCCAGACGCUGUGAAAGAGCAUCUUAAAACAUUGAGUGAUGAUGGGGCCUUGCAGAAAUUGAAAUUCGCCGUCAAGUCUAACCAGCAGAAGAUGUACCAGCUACCAUAUGCUGGCCCCGUUCCAAAGAUUAUCGAUGGGGAAGGGAGAAUUUUGGACAAAGAAAAUCGAAUGCUACGGUCAUUGCAAGUCAUUCCUCAUACUGGAAGAUGCAAUAAGUACGGACAGGCACAACCUGCACAGCUUCAUCCUAAACAGGAUCAGCCAACGACACUGAGCCCGGUCAACAUCAGGGACAUACUGUUCGACAACAUUCACUGGGUGAAGAGGACGCACAACGCAGUCUUCUACAUCAGUGGCCGUUACAGUGGAUGCAUCAAACCGGCCUACAUCUGGACUGCUCUGGAAGCGGACGACAUGGGCAACCUGUUCCUAUCGGAUGAACUUCUAGAUAAGUAUGUCCCGCUUUGGAGAAUUAUGCUCGCAUACCAGGGAAACCUCAGGGCAUUUGAUGAUGGCAUUCCUCCCUCCAUCGCCAUUGAAACCGUCCAAGGCGGCCAAGGGGAUCUGACUGCACUUGUUGAGAGCAUGUUCCUGGAGUUUAAGGAAGUUAAAGAAGAUCUCAAAGAACUGAAAGCUUUCAUAGCCUCCACGACCGAAGAGUCUUCCGAGCCGUCCCACGGGGAAGGGUCCACAAAUACCAAUGGAGCCUCCACUGAGCAGAGCUGCGAAGAAGAAUGUGACGACGAAGAGGUGAAUCCAAAUUCCCACUCGAAAGAACCUCUCCCAACCAACGAACAAACUGGAGAUGAUGCAGAUCUCGAUGCAACUGAAGAGGAAACCCGAGACAAUGGCACGAAUAAUGGCUCGCCUGACCCUCUUCCAACUGAUGAACAAACUGCAAACAGUGCAGAGCGUGGAAAUACUCCUCCUUCUCAGACCCACGAGGGCAAUCUGACCGAGAACGAUGACGCACCUGAAGAGAUGACUCCAAAUACCGCCCCGAAGACUGCUUUGGCAGUGAGACCCGGUCAAAAUAAGCGGCCUAAUACAGGCUCGCUCCAACCUUCGAAUAAAAGGGCUCGUUCUAACGAGAAUCGGAGCGCCGGCAAAGUCAAGUGGACAAGCGCACUACCCAAAAGGAACAGACCUGAGGCAGUAAGACUGUGA